CCAGCUGACUCAGUAGUCAUUCUCUUGCAACACAACGUACGUCAGAAUUUUCGUGGCAAAAUUUUUGUUCGCGCGUUCUCCGCUUGUUAGAUCAACGAUAUAUCAACGAAUAAAAAGAGACCAAUAAGGGCGAAACGCACAUCAUAAUUUGAACGAUCUAUACUUGCGAUGGAUAUCAGACUGUACGGUCUACUGCUCAUUUUUGCAGUCGUUGGAUCCAACGCCGAUUUGAAUUCCUUUUCCCGUGGUAGUAGAAGUCGUAGAGAUGUCGAAAGGACCGUUGAUAGUUACGGGCUGGAAGACUACGAUUUAGUCAAGAUAAUUAAACGUGCAGCUGAUUCCAAGGAGACCUAUAUUAAAAUUACUACUGAGAGUAAUGAAGAUAGCACUAGUCUUACGACCAAAAGUCCUGGCACUAAAAGUACUGGCACUAAGACUCCUGGCACUACGAAUCCUAGCACUACAAGUCCUAGCACCACGAAAGCUACUUCACCGAAAUCUAAAUCGACCAAACCACCAAGCACCACCUCCAAUGCAAUCUCGUCUAAACCUACGACUAAAUCAGAUCCCACAUCAACAGAAACGACUACGAAACCUAGCACCGAAGCAACGAAUAAGCCUCAGUUGGGAUCAAGAUCGGGAUUCGACCCAAAAGAUGAUUCUACAUCGAAGCCAACUAAUCCAGAUGAAAAAACGGACAAAAAACCAUCGGCCUUAUCACCUCGAACGAAAGCAGAUAUGCCCGAUAACAAAGACAAGAGUCCAUCCUCACCGCCAGAUUCUAAUCCUAACGGAUCAAGAUUUAAUCCGAGUUUUCCGCAACCUGGAGGUUACCCAUUCCCAGGAUUUAACUCUAUACCACCUUACGGCCCUAAUUAUGCAAUUACCAGUACUAGUCAUGGUCCCGGAUUGGCGAGUGCAUCGGCUAGCAGUUUCGCCAGCUCUGGUGCAUCAUCGUUGAGUAAUCCAGGCAAUCCACCCUUCAAUUCGCGCGGUGGAUUUUAUUUUAAUAAUCCUUACUACAAUCCCAAUGUGAAACCUAUGACAAAUUCUCGUUCUUAUAUCGAUACGGAAGACAAACCUAAAUCUUCGAAUAGUCCGCCAACUGGAAACAAUGCCAAUCCAAUUAAUAAUCCUAACUCUAUACCAUCCAGCGGCCCACAAAAUUUCCCAAGUCGUUCUUUCGGAGGUCCUUACAGUCCCAAUUUCGAUUAUCCUCCCGCGAAUGGAGUUCAGGGACCUAAUUAUGCCUGGACUGAUUCUGGACCCGGAUACGCAGGAGCAUCUGCAGGUGCUUCCUAUAAUUCUGGAUCACCAGGAUUCGAUAGUCGUGGCAAUUUCCCCGAUAAUAGUGCUGGAACCGCAUUUCCGGAUAAUUCAGCAUACUCUCCUGAUGUCGUAGGUGCUGGUUUCCAACCUAGAUUCAACCCUGGAUUUGGCUCUGAUUUUGACAACGGCUUCUCAUUCCAUCAACGCAUGAUGGAAGAUCAUUUCAGACGCAUUCAAGCACAAAUGGAAGCUCAACAACGAGCCUUAUUCGACGCAAGUAACGGAAUAGGAAGUGGUACUGGUGGUCCUGGUGGUUAUGGUUAUGGUUACAGUUCUUCUGAUCCAGGAGUGCAGUCCGCUAUUUCAAGUAUUAGUGUCGGACCUGAAGGUGGUUACCAGGCUGGUCAGAUAAGUCCUGUUGCACCAGGAGUAGAGUCUCGAUUUGCUGACCCAUUACCAGCACCGUCAGGAGGAAGUGUUGGUGUUUUUGCUAGUUCCCGAUCUUCCAGUGUUACAGAUGGUACUGGAAGGACUAUUGCUCAUAAAUCCGCAACCACUGGAUUAAAUGACAAUGGAAAGAUUACUUUCCGUACUGUCGAAGAUUAAUAAUAUUAUUUAAUAUAUUAAUAUUCAAUUACGUGCUAUAUUAUUAUAGAAAUAUGUAUACAAAAAAAAUAUAUAUAUAUAUAUAUAUAUAUAUUUCUAUAUGCAUAUAAUAUGUAUAACCGUAUGUAAUAUGCAAAUGUAUAAGUUCAAUUAAACUAACCUUCGCAUCAAGCGUAAAGCGAGAUGUUUAUUUCUCAGGGUAA